ACGCCCCCAGCCAGGAUGCUGCGGUUCCUGCGCCGGACCUUUGGCCGCCGCUCCAUGCAGCGCUACGCGCGGGGCGCGGCGGGGCGCGGGGCAGCCGGGCUGGGGGACGAGCGCGACGGGGGCCCGCGGGGGGGCCCGGCCGCCGCCUCCACGCUGCCCGCCGCGCCCGGGGGGAGCGUGUUCCCGGCCGGCGGCGGGCCCCUGCUUACGGGCGGCCCGGCCGUUCACAUCUCUGCCGCCGGAGCCUCCAAGGCCACCCUCUACUGCCGCGUCUUCCUGCUCGACGGGACCGAAGUGAGCGUGGACCUGCCGAAACAUGCCAAAGGCCAGGAUUUGUUUGAUCAGAUUGUGUACCACUUGGACCUGGUGGAAACAGAUUACUUUGGCCUCCAGUUCCUCGACUCCGCCCAGGUUGCGCACUGGCUGGAUCAUUCGAAACCCAUAAAAAAGCAGAUGAAAAUUGGACCUGCUUAUGCUUUGCACUUUCGAGUUAAAUAUUAUUCUUCAGAACCGAACAACCUUCGUGAAGAGUUUACAAGGUACCUGUUUGUUUUACAACUCAGGCAUGACAUUCUUUCAGGAAAAUUGAAAUGCCCAUAUGAAACAGCUGUGGAACUGGCUGCUCUCUGCCUACAAGCCGAGCUUGGGGAGUGCGAGCUUCCAGAACACACACCAGAGCUCGUGUCUGAGUUUCGGUUCAUUCCAAAUCAGACGGAAGCGAUGGAAUUUGAUAUCUUCCAGAGGUGGAAAGAGUGCAGGGGAAAGAGCCCUGCCCAGGCGGAACUCUCCUAUCUGAAUAAAGCGAAGUGGCUGGAAAUGUAUGGGGUAGACAUGCACGUUGUCAGGGGAAGAGAUGGCUGUGAAUAUUCUCUUGGACUGACCCCGACAGGCAUAUUAAUCUUUGAAGGAGCUAACAAAAUAGGCUUAUUCUUUUGGCCGAAAAUCACCAAAAUGGAUUUUAAAAAGAGCAAAUUGACUCUGGUGGUGGUGGAGGAUGAUGACCAGGGCCGGGAGCAGGAGCACACGUUCGUGUUCCGGCUGGACAGCGCCAGGACCUGCAAGCACCUGUGGAAGUGCGCCGUGGAGCACCACGCCUUCUUCCGCCUGCGGGCGCCGGGCAACAGCAAGUCCAGCAGAUCAGACUUCAUCAGGCUGGGGUCUCGCUUCAGGUUCAGUGGGCGCACGGAAUAUCAAGCUACACAUGGCACCAGGUUACGAAGAACCAGCACCUUUGAGAGGAAGCCUAGUAAACGCUACCCAUCCCGGAGACAUUCGACAUUCAAAGCAAGCAACCCAGUGAUAGCAGCUCAGUUCUGCUCUAAAACAAAUCCUGAAGUCCAUAAUUACCAGCCUCAGUAUCAUCCCAAUCUCCACCCUGGCCAGCCCCGGUGGCAUCCUCACUCUCCAAACAUAAGGGCAUCCUUUCAGGAUGACAGGCCGCAUUGGAAAGCGCCGGCCAGUGGAGAUGACAGCCAUUUCGAUUAUGUCCACGACCAGAACCAGAAGAACUUAGGAGGAAUGCAGAGUGUGAUGUAUCGAGACAAACUCAUGACUGCACUUUGAGAGCCUGAAGCGUCUUACCUCCACUCACCAUCGUAGUUCCAUUACAUUCCAUGCAAAGUGUCUCGGCAUCACAUGGAUGUGUCUGUAAGAGUGUCUUUAAGAAACAGUUCUGGAAGGUGUUUUCAGCGUCCGUGUACAUAUUUGAAAAUAACCACAGUAGGUAGUCAUAAUUUACUGUUGACUGCAUUCUCAAUAAAAUGAAGGUAGUUAAAGGCUCAGGAAUCGUUUUGAUAUUCUGAUUUUAAAAUUGGAGUAUAAGUCUGUUUUUAUCGUAUUACUGUGUACCUGAUAUUUCUUUGUUAUUUAAUGAAUGAGACCAAAUAAAACCAGGAAAACUUCAGAAGAUAGCUCUGUAGACAGUACCCAAUAAUACAGUGGUGGGGAUUGAGGUCACUGGGGUCCAGCCUCUGCCAUCGUGUGAUGUUGGACAAGCCGUUUCCCCUGUGUUGGCCUCAUCUUCCCCGUCUGAAGAAAGCAGGUUGGACUAAAUGAUCACCAGGUCCUCUCUGGCUCCAAAACUGUGUGAUUUGUUAGCAUUUAAUAUUCUUAGGCUGAGGACAUAACAUUCAGACCUUCUCCAACAGAGGGUUGCCUCUUUCAGAAGCUAAAUAAAGUGUAUAAUGUGUUAGAUGUUAUAUAAGUACUGGGAGACUUUGAAUUUCGUAUCUUAAAGCAAUUUAGCCGUUUGGAAUUUUAGCAAUUUUACUGAUCAGAAAUCGCAUAGCGUCCGUUUUGAAAGAAGUUGCUGCUCGAGUACAAGAAUAAUUUUUUCCUGCCUUAAUGAUUGGUGCUGCUAAUAACUUGCAUGGUUUCAGAAGACGUAAUUACGAAUACAGGCUGUCGGAAUUUAAUUUGAGGGUUGGUUUUUAUCCUAGACUUCAUUCUUGUAACAAAAAUAACAUGCGAUCCGAGACACAUUUAUGGCUCAAAUUAAAGAAUAUACAGUUUUAAUGAAGUUGUGCCAAAGCAUUCUGUAGAAUAGGGUAACAUGGGUAUUGCACAGUCUUUUUUUGUAGAGCCAGAAAUCAUUAUGUUGUCUUUCAGGGCGGAACUCUUACCCAAAAUAUUUAUUUCCCCCCCAUUUCAAGCCCAUGAGUAAGACCCUUUUUUUUCCCUCUUGAUAGGUGGGCCCGAGAUACCUUCCUUAGUAUUUUCAUGAAAUCAAUUCUUGUGCCAUUUUUAUAUGUGCAAUUUGGCCCUUUUAAGCCUUAAAAAAAAAAAAGAGUUGAUGCCAUCCCUUGAGAUGGUUUCUUGCUGAAAUCUGAUCUUCGGUUAUGACAAACAUCCAUCCAGGAGAGAGUCAGCUACACACCCUGCACAGUGGAGUCGAUCACCUAGAAACGCUCCCGCAGAUAUCUGUUUACAGGUGUAUUUUACUUUAGCAGAUGUUUUGAUCCUCAGUGUAUGUGCUGCAUACAAAUAAAUGUGUUCUGAAUCUUUUAAUCUUACUGAGACAUUUUUACAAAUGCAUUUCCAAGGAAUAAAGAUUGUUCUUGCUUUUUUUUUUUUUUUUUUGACUCCUUCCUCAUUUUACGCUGCACGGAAGUAUUAUUUGUGGAUGACGUAGGUGAUGGGACAGAAGUCCCCUUUGGAAGUCUGAAGGUGAGCAGUCAGUCAGGGUGAGGUUGCUCUCAGGAAGAGUGGCUCUUUUUGUAGGCACAGUGGCCGAGGCGUUUCUUCAUCUGGGGCAGCUCUGCUGAAGCUUCUAGCACCUUGUCACAGGUGGCAGUGGGAUUUGCGCUGUAACAGUCCAGUGAUGAGAGUGGGUGUUUGUCCUCAUACCCUCUAAUAAAUACCUUCCUGCUUAAAGUAACUUGAAUGUAUUCAGUUGUCUGCAGCAAAGAAGUCUACCCAGUACGCAUACAUACGUCCUCCUAAUUGUUAAAGCUAGUGCACACUUUCUUCAACUUAGUGGACCUUUCUCUGCGGCAUCUGACAGUGGUGAUCACUCACUCACAGCUGCUUAAAACUAACCCCUUGCUUCCUGUGAGCUCUGAUUCUCUAGCCCUUGGACUUUUCCUUCUGUCUUUGGAACAACCUCUGCUUCUGUCUCCCUCAAACGUGUCUUCCAGCGGCCCUUCCUCUGCCCACUGCUUUUCUCUCUCACCGCCGUCUCCCUGCUUUUCUCAUCCCAUCUUGAUUUUAUAAGCACUGCUCAUGCUGAAGCCAUGAGCUCUAACUCAGACGACUCCUGUGAGUUUUGAGACUGUCAUUUCAACUUGUAUAUCCAUGUACACCCCAAACUUCACAUGUCAAAAAGAGAAAUUCAUUCUCUUCUUCUGAAAAAGCAAAACAAAACCAAACCAAAGCAGACUGAGCCUGAAUUCUCUUCUUUCUCCCCGUGGUAAGAUAUAUACACCAUCCACAACUCUUCUGCCUUCUGCCACCCACAUCCAGGCAGCUCCCAGGUCUGUUCAGCCUGCCUCCGUAGCGUUAGUACUUCACCUUUCCUCUCCCCAGAGCCACACUGACCUUGUAGUGCUGUCUUCUCUCUGGCUGGGCGGUGCUCUUAAUGGCCUCCCUGACUCCAGUCUCCUGACGACUCAUGCUCCUCACAGUCACUGGAGUGAUCUUUCUGAUACACCAUCUGACUGUGUCAUCGCAUGCUGCUGCCAGGGUUCUCCAUCCCCCAGAGGAUGAAGCCCAGGGCCUUCUCUGGAAUUCCCCCGCCGUCUACUCCUGUGCUGUUGCUCUAGCUAGCAUAUUUCUCCCCACUAUCUCUCACCCUCCUGUUUAAACUCCCACAACAUCAAACUGCUUGUAGUUCCUGGCAUUCACCACACCCUGCUGUUGCUCCCAUCUGUGCCUUUGCAAAUACCCUUCCUUCUGCCGGGAUUGCUGUCCCUCUCAUCCUCUUUGCCCAACUCCUGCUCUUCCCUUAACCCUCUGCUCGGUCACGGGCUGUCAUCUUCCAGGGACUCUCUGACCACCCCCCAGCCAUCUCUGCAAACUGGGUUAGUUUCUGUGCCCUGUUCCACCACUACCCUCCAGCACCCAUGUAUGUCAACGAUGCACACACUACUUUGUGUUAACACUACUAUGUGUUAACACUGCUGCCCUUGCUCAUCGCAUCUUGGAGCCUGUGUGCUCCAAGUCUGAGCCUUAUGGCACACUCUCCUUUGUUCCCCGGUGCCUGAUGAAUAGCAGGUGCUCAAUGAAUGUUCAGCAAAUGAAUUGUUCUGCGUUCAUUCUAAAGGAGACGACUAAGCAGGUAACAGGCAGGAAGACGUCACUUCUGAGGCGGUCUGAAGGCAUCUAAACAACCGUAUCCAGCCGGGGGCGUCAUUUGAGCAGGACAUUGACCGCCACACACGUUCUGGAUUCAGCUGCUUCAUACGAAUAUUGGUCACUGCGCCUUCGAUGUUCUUGUUGGAGGCAGUGCUAUAAUGUUGAGCAGGGCGGAGGACAGGCCAGCCGUGUGAUACUGGAAACCUUGGGUGCUUGACAUCGAUCCACAGUAACGUGCGGGCGCCCCUAGCCAGACGUGUGCUCUGAACUCUGCACACGUCGCUUCGCUGGAGCUUCCUGACCGCUCUAUGCUGUGAGUGGUACUCUUUUUGCGCCUGAAGCAGCUCAGGCUUAGGGCCUAAUCAAGCAGCUUGCACACGGUCCCUCAGAAUUCUGACUCCGAAGUCAGUGUUAUCCACACCUGUGCUUUAAGGCCUCUCACUGCUAAUUAUUCCACCCUUUGGGACCCUGUGGAUCCACAUCUCCAGGAAACUGCUAUUAGAUGAGGCUGAAGAGUUCACUGAAAUCCAGAGUUACCAGAAAGCCACCCGUCACCACCAGCUGCGAAGUGCCUGUCUGUCCCUCCUCCACACCAGUGGCCUGUACCCUGUUCACACCAUCAUCAGUGUGCUGAUAACCCUGCUCCUCCCCCUCCCCCACCCCGAUCCCCCCCACCGGCCCUCCAACCCCAGCCUCUCCUCCAGCAGCCUGGUCGCCCUGUCCACGCAGGUGUUCAUGCACCAACAGCCCCCUUUUAAAGGAUCAGAGAUUGAACCUUGUUUUCUUCUUAGCAAACCACUCAUUUGAGUUGAUGAACUUCUUCUUUCCCCAGAGCUCACAAACGAGUUGCUUCUUCUGGAAUAUUACCUGCAGGCAAAA